AUGUCGUCGUCUUCCUCCUCCAAGGCGUGGAGCUUGGGGCGCCUGUCCCUUUCCUCCAGGAAAGGCAGCCUGAAGCCCUCCGCCCUGGAGCUAGCCGAGCACGCCCCCAACGCCCACUACGCGCCGUUUGCCGUCUCCGCGCCCGCCGGAGCCCAGGGCGCGAAGGAGCCGCCGACCAGCGGCGAAGUGGCCGAAGCGGCCACGGUAGUGAUGAGCGCCGAUUUCCCGCGCCCGCCGAUCAGCCUGGACCCGCGCGUCUCCAUCUACAGCGUCCGCAGACCUCUGCUCAGCCGCAGCAACGUCCAAGGCCGGGUCUACAACUUCUUGGAGAGACCCACCGGCUGGAAGUGCUUCGUCUAUCACUUCACCGUUUUCCUCAUAGUGCUGAUCUGCCUUAUAUUCAGUGUGCUUUCCACGAUUGAUCAAUAUGCAACUCUGGCCACAGGGACAUUAUUUUGGAUGGAAAUUGUAUUAGUGGUAUUUUUUGGAACUGAGUAUGUGGUUCGGUUGUGGUCUUCAGGAUGCCGCAGUAAAUAUGUUGGUUUCUGGGGAAGGCUUCGUUUUGCUAGAAAACCCAUUUCUAUCAUUGAUCUUAUUGUAGUUGUUGCCUCCAUGAUUGUACUAUGUGUUGGUUCAAAAGGUCAAGUUUUUGCAACCUCAGCUAUCAGAGGCAUCCGGUUUCUGCAAAUUCUGCGCAUGCUUCAUGUCGAUCGGCAGGGUGGCACCUGGAGACUGUUGGGAUCAGUAGUGUUCAUACAUAGACAGGAAUUGAUAACCACCCUGUAUAUUGGGUUUCUGGGCUUGAUUUUUUCUUCAUAUUUCGUGUAUUUGGCUGAAAAAGAUGCUGUGAAUGACUCUGGCGAGCAUGAAUUUAGCAGCUAUGCUGAUGCACUUUGGUGGGGAGUAGUGACUGUUACAACCAUUGGUUAUGGAGACAAGGUGCCUCAAACAUGGAUAGGAAAAACCAUUGCAUCUUGCUUUUCUGUAUUUGCAAUAUCAUUUUUUGCCUUGCCUGCAGGAAUCCUUGGUUCUGGUUUUGCUCUGAAGGUACAACAGAAACAAAGACAAAAGCAUUUCAACCGACAAAUUCCAGCAGCUGCUUCUCUUAUUCAGACAGCCUGGAGGUGCUAUGCAUCGGAAAACCCAGAUUCUUCCACAUGGAAAAUAUAUAUUAAAAAACCAUCCAGAAGUUAUCACUUGUUGUCUCCUAGUCCCAAGCCAAAGAAAAUAGGGAUAGUGUCGGUAAAAAAGAAGAAAACCAAAACAGAAAAGGAUAACGGAUCACUUUCUCCUGAUAAGAUUUUACCUGUUCCACAAAUCACAUUUGACCAUGUGUUGGAGGAUAGGAAAGCUGAUAUUUUUCCUAUGGAUCCCUAUGAAAAUUCUGGUAAGACUUUCAGUUAUUUAUUUGUUUACUAGAAGAAGUGAAAUGGCCAUCAAAUUGGAAAGACCCAAAUACAAUUUGCAUGCAUUAAAAUAAGAAGCUACAAUUUAAAUCAGGCCAAACAAUGUUAUCGGCAUGUUAUUGAGUCUUAAAAUGUAUAUUAUAGUUGUAAUAACUUCAACUCCACAUAUCUUAAAGUUUUUAAAAAAUAUUUUUAAAAAUAUGGAGCAGAAUACAAUUAUCUGUGAAAAACGGCGCAUUUGAAUAUAUGUCAGGUUACAAGUUCUCAUCUAGUUCUGGAUUUCUCAAUAGCUUAUGCAAGUCAAAAGAUGUUAAAGCUCUCUUUCGCUGUGUUCUAUGCACAAUUGAUACUAACCUUUGAUCGGGACUUCUAACAUUUACAAGACAAGAUGCUGACUCCAAUUUUGGAACAAAAAUCUCCUUUCCUCCUGACAUCUAUUCUUUUUCUCCCCCUCCCCCCCUUCUCUCU